GUUCCCUCUAGUGAUGAUAGUUGUGUAAGUGCGCAUAUCAGAGGUGUGGCUGCUCCAUUUGUGCCCAUUUAAAGUCAAUGCUUGUCAUCUGUAUCUGAAUGCGCUCUUCACACACUGCAGCUCUCAGAUCAGUCUGUUAUCUUCUCUCUUAACAUUCCUCCUCCUGACUGCCAGUAUAACCGAUUUAGUCGACAGCACUGCCUGAAGAGCUCAGAAUGUCUACUACCCAACCCUCAGUAUCUACACUGCACUUCAGUGUUUCAACAGUCACUGCUUCUCCGGGGUCAGAGUCAAACACCACAACAUGUCAGGACUGGGAGCAAGCCCAUCAUCUGCUCUUUCACCUGGCCAACCUGAGCCUGGCUCUGGGAUUCAUUAUCCCCACCACCAUAGGCCUCCAUAUGAUCUUUCUCAGAGUGCUGUUAAUAACAGGGUGCUCUAUGUUCAUAGCAUGGGCCACAUUAUAUAGAUGCACACUUGAUGUGAUGGUGUGGAACGUAGUUUUCCUUCUGGUGAACUUCAUGCAUUUCAUCUAUCUGCUUUAUAAACGUAGACCGAUUAAGAUUGAUAGGGAGCUGAAAUCACUGUUCAAACGUAUGUUCGAGCCCCUGCACGUACGCGAGGCUCUGUUUCAGAGAUUGACGGGCCAGUUCUGCACCAUCCAAACCUUAAAGAAGGGUCAAGUGUACGCCGCAGAAAAUAAGACGUCUGUUGAUGAACGUCUCAGCAUUCUUCUCAAAGGAAAGAUGAAGGUAUCAUACCGGGGACAUUUCUUGCAUAACAUUUACACCAAUUCCUUCAUCGACUCUCCAGAGUUCAGGUCAACUCAGAUGAACAGGGGAGAAAAGUUUCAGGUAACAAUCACUGCUGAGGAAAAUUGCAAGCUGCUGUGUUGGUCCAGAGAGCGUCUGACUUACUUCUUAGAGUCUGAGUCUUUUCUGAAUGAGGUAUUCAGGUACCUCAUUGGCAAAGACAUUACCAACAAGCUUUACUCCCUCAAUGACCCCACACUGAGUGACAAGGCCGUGAAGAAGAUGGACCGUCAGCCGAGCCUGUGCUCUCAACUGUCUAUGAUGCAGAUGAGAAACAGUAUGGCCAGCACCAGCGACACAGAGGAUGUGCUCAAUCAGAUCCUGAGAGGUGGCUCAGCCGGGUCAUCAGUCCAGAAAACUCUGACAAAAGGAUCCGCAGCUAUGAAGCCAAUUGAAGAAGGAUUGGAAGACGAUGUGUUUGAAUCCGAAUCUCCCACCACCUCCAAAAACGUUUUCAAGAAUUCUAGGAAAGACAUUUAAAAACAUAUUUUACUGCUUUGUAAAGAGUCUUCCUCUUCAGAAACUUAAUCCACAUCUUACAAGUUUUUGGAAAACAAAAGCAUCUCUUGACUGGAAAUGAGUUUAUUUUUAUUAAUUUCACUGUUGCUGAAACACAAAGCACACAGAAAGUCAAUUGCUUAAACUGAUUGUGAAGAAGCAGAUAUGACCUGAUCAAAAUAAAUAUAGAAAUACAUUUGAACAGUUUGAAGUUUACCCAGAAUGAUUAGUGCAACUAGUUUUAUACGGUCUAUCAACAGAAGGUCCAGAUUCUAUUGGGGUAGGGUCGUGUUUGUUUAGGUGAUUUCAAAUAUUAACAUUGGGUUUCAAACAAUGUGGACUCCGCGUUUAAAGACUCUUCAACACUACACUGUAGCUUUUAUAAACGAUUGAGUGUUAAGUGAAUAUUAAAUUGAAGUGUCAUUUAGGAGUAACAGUUUGUAUGCACUGAUAAAUUGUUACUUUCAAUGUAUUUAUGUUUGUUUGAAGCAUUUCCAUUUUUACAACUUUUAUUAACAAUUAUUCUUUUGUCUGCAAAACUCAUUUAAAACAUUUAAUUGUAUGACAUGAGUUCAAAAGAUUUUCAAGAUCAUGACAAAGGUUUUAGUCAGGUGACCCUGAACAACUAUUAUAAAAUAACAGUAUAGUAUAUACACAUACUGUGAUCACAACUGUAAAUUCAUUAAAUCUACGAAUGAAACAAAUGUAAAGUGUAAUGUAAUGUAAUGUUGUGACUA